CCUCUGCUUCUCUCUCUGAAUUCUUUAACCAUUUUUCUAAUACUUUUUAAUUUCAUGAUUUUAUAAUAAUUACGUACUUUCCCAAAAAACUGACAAAUAUGAUAGGUAUAGAUUUGAUAAUAAUUACGUUAAUCUAUAUCGUUUUUUUAUAGUAAUAUUUAUUGUAUUCAAAGUUGUAUAUAUGAACAGGGAACAUUAAAUUAAUAAAAGCAUCCAAGCAGAAAAGGGUAAGAAUUAAACGAGGAAAGUGCAAAGACUCGGACUUUGGGUGGCUAUUGGCCAAGACUCGUUUUGUACUUUGGGUGGCUAUUGGUCAAGACUCGUUUUGUUGUUUCUUGUUUUGCAGCUCCCUUCAAUACCCCUAGAGGGAAUAAUUUCCUGUUGAAUUCCAGUUUAUAUUACCAAUUUCGGUAAAGUUUGAGGAAGGAGGGAGGUAAGGAGGGAGAGUUGAAAGGAGGGGCUUUGAUUCCCGAGGUGAAUGCAGAUCUGGCUUCCGGCCUUCUUGUUUUAGAUAAAUGAUAGACGUAUCAGCCAAAGAGUGUUCAUAAUUCAAGCCUAGUCCCCAAAAAAAAAAAAAAAAAAAAAAAACUCGCUAGUUCAUGGUCAGCAUUUAGAUUGUGUUAUGGACCCAAACACUGGAGGAAACAGUCACAACAAUGCCAGUCUUGCCUCGAAGCAACGCUUGCGUUGGACGCAUGAGCUUCAUGAGCGUUUUGUUGAUGCUGUGGCACAACUUGGUGGGGCCGACCGAUUCAUCGGGGGCUACACCCAAAGGUGUCCUCAGAGUAAUGGGUGUUCAAGGUCUAACAAUAUAUCAUGUCAAAAGCCAUUUACAGAAAUACCGGCUUGCAAAAUAUCUCCCUGACUCAUCAUCAGAUGCUGAUAUGAAAGAAACUGGGGAUAUGCCAUCAAGUUUGGAUGGUUCAUCUGGGAUGCAAAUAAAUGAAGCCCUCAAGCUGCAGGUGGAGGUGCAGAAGCGACUGCAUGAGCAAUUAGAGGUUCAGAGGCAGCUACAGUUACGGAUAGAAGCCCAGGGCAAAUACUUGAAGAAGAUAAUCGAGGAGCAACAACGGCUUGGUGGAGUUCAUUCAGAAACAUCUGGUUCUGAGGUCCCAGGUCCAGCAUCAGGUGACAAUUGCCCAGAUUCUGACAAUAAGACUGACCCAGCAACCCCUGUUCCAACCUCUGAAGGCCCCCUACAAGACAAGGCUGCCAAGGAACGUGCCCCUGCCAGCCUUUCCAUUGAUGAAUCUUUCUCAUCUCGCCAUGAACCAUUGACUCCAGAUUCUGGUUGCCAUCUCAGUUCCCCAGCCGAGAGUCCCAAAGGUGAGAGGUUGAUUAAGAAGCAAAGAGUCCUUGUGGGUGGAACAUAUGCUAAACCAGAAAUGGUGCUUCCACAUCAGAUACUUGAGUCGAGUUGCACCUCAUACCACCAGCAGCAACACUCCAUUUUUCUGUCCAGAGAGCAGUUUGAACCUUCAUCGGGUAUAUCAAUCAGGAACGAAGAUCACAUGGAAAAGUUUGGGGCAAACUGAGAACAUUUUUAGUUUUUUCGUUGUCUGUAGUUGUAGUUUCUUCAGUGGAUAUAUCUCUAGUUUAGUCAAACAACUCUUUAUCACAAAUGUUCUAAGUUUCAGCAUGGAGACAUCUCCAUAAGAGAUGAUGCUUUAUUAAAUUCAGAGAAUUGUUGUAAACAGAUGUUGGGAUUUGAUUCAAUUAUCAGGUGCUGCUUGUAACAUGGA